AUGGACGAUGGAACGGCGGCAUCAUACAUCGAUAUGGACCUGAAUUUCGUAUUCCAGAACAUGUACUUAGAGGAAGUAGAAAUCAUUUCCAAAAGGAAAAUAAAGACGGAAGUCAGGUCGAGUCUACACAUAGAAAGACUGUUAGAAACUCUCAAAAAACACAAUAAUUAUGAUAAAGAAGAAACAAACUUUAUCUUAAAACAAUUUGAUGGAACACAGAAAGCCACAGAUUGGAUAUCAGAGUGUGAAACGGAGUGCGAAAAAUUAAAAAUCCAGAAUGAGGAGAAGAAAAUCAAGUGCUUGAAGAUGUAUUUGGAAAAAAUUGCACUAGAAUGGUAUCAAACACACGUACGUUGA